UUGUUUGUUUUACUAAGAUGUUUUCCCCUUAUCAAUAGGGACAUAAUUUUAAUUCCACAUAUAUUUUAAUAAUCACAAAUUAUGACUAUUUCCCCUCAUAUUUGGUAUUGUUUCUGCUGUUUUUUGCGUUGUAAUCUGAAACCUCGCCCACACAAGUUUAACGACGCGCAGUAAACAAGUCAGUUGAUUGGUUUUGCUGUGAUCUAAUAAGAUCGAAGAAGGGAAAAAGGCUACGUAAGCCAGUCCGUCGAGGUUCUGCUGGUGCCAGUGCCAUGCUUUCCAUUGGUUCCUGUUUACAUGAUGCCCGCAGGACGCGCGGGGAUUGGCGGCCGCGCUCACGUGACCACACAACUUUGUACAUUUGACAGCGAGUAGGAGGGUUUUGUGGAGAUCAGAAAAACGACAGCGCGAUAAAAAUUAGUAUUGUUGCACUUCACAAAUUAAUGACCAUGAGUUCCUACUUGAUAAACUCCAACUAUAUCGAGCCGUCCUUUCCUCCAUGCGACGAAUACCAGCAGGGCGGAUACAUCCCCAACCCGGGGGACUACUACGAGCGGCCGAAAGACUCGGGCUUCCCCCACCACGAAGAGCCGUCCUACCCCAGGUCCAACUACACGGAACCGGGCUACGACUACGCCGGCGUGCCCGCCGCGGCCGCCGGACUGGACGAUUUCGGUGACGGACACCUUUCCGCCGCUCAGCCGCCGCCAACGACGCUCGCUCAGAGCCACGGACCGCGCCUACAGGAGGGCUCCGGAGCGGGGGCCGCCAAAGACUGCAGCCUCGCCGGGGAAGUCUACCCUUGCGCGGGGAAGCAGGGCAAGGAGCCCGUGGUCUAUCCCUGGAUGAAAAAGGUCCACGUUAGCACCGUCAAUGCCAGUUACGCCGGAGGAGUGCCCAAGCGGUCCCGCACUGCCUACACCCGCCAGCAGGCUCUGGAGCUGGAGAAGGAGUUCCACUUCAACCGCUACCUGACCCGGCGCAGGCGGGUGGAGAUCGCGCAUACAAUGUGCCUGUCCGAGCGUCAGGUCAAGAUUUGGUUUCAGAACCGCAGGAUGAAGUGGAAGAAGGAGCACAAGCUUCCCAAUACCAAGAUUCGCUCCAAUUCGGCCUCGUCUUCGUCCACGUCCGGGGCCCAGCAACAGCAGAUGAAAACAGGCCAACAGCUCGUCCCCACGCCGUGCACUGUGGCUCUAUAGUGGCCCGAUAUUCCAUGAAAACCCAAACUAGACUGAGAUAGCAAAGAACACAAGUGGAAAUGGACGGACCGAGUGAAUAUUUUUGCUGUAUUUGCCCCUUUUUUUGCGUCUUCACAUAAAAGCUUGAAAUCCAUUUUUUCCAAUUCCCGCAAUGGCGACUGAAGGGUUCACAUUUGCUUUUGAUUUUAUUUUUUUUUUUUUGUGUUACAAAUGAAGGAUAACUGACAGUUAAACGGAUCAAAUAAAAAGUGUUGCAUUUCACGUAAAUGGCCAAAUGGAUAAGGCAAACGCUUGAAUCCUGUCCUUUUGGAUUUUUUUCCCAGUCAAAUUUUCCACGGAAAAUUCGAAUAUACUUGAAAGUUGUGAUUUUGAAAGCAGAUUCGUUUUAGGAGUUCCAUUGUAGUCACGGUUGUGUGUUCGAAUGUAUAGUCCUGCAGGUGAAACGGCCACGUUGUAAUGUACAUAUAGGCAAAAUGAAGGCACAACGAGGAGUGCAUUUCUACAGAUACUUUUUUUGUGCUUGUUAGUUUAGUGUCGUCAGUUAUUUGUUUGAUUCGUGCUCGCUUGUCUCAUGUCGUGUUGUUGGAAAACUGUGAAUAUUCCUUCGUGUUUGUGUCGACGUCUCACUAGUGACCCCUGUGUUGUGUAGACUCAAUGUCCUUGUGAAAUAAAUGUGGAUUCAC